AAAAAAACUAAAGAAAACACAAGAAAAGAAAUCUGCCGACUUAGUAGACAAUCUUUUUAGCAGCGGCAGCAGCGAAAAAAAAUUAAAGAACAUGAAUUAUAGAAAAAAAUGAAAUAAUUAAAGUACGAAAGUCAUAUAAAAAGAGACGACGAUAACACAAGAUAGUAGAAGAAGAGUAAAGAAAAAGUGACGUGUGAUUUUCUUUAUUUUUUUUUAGUUAUUAGUUUUCAAUAAUUUUUGUAAUAAAUUCCUUAAAAACAAAACUAAAACACCCUUUAUUGGGGUUAAAAAGCAACAACAACCUUAACUAGUUACUAUAAAUUUUGUAAUUAGUAGAAAAUAAUAAAAAAAUAAAACAGUAUAGACAAGGAGGCUACAACAACAAAUUAAGUGGCAGAGAAGGAAGGUCGUAAUCAUAAGUAAAUAUGAUGAAUGAAGAUACGACGGCGUCAACGUCAUCCAGUGGCGGAGUGAAAAAGUUUUUUCUACGUAUAUCACAAAUUUAUCAAUCUGCCUUGGAUCGUUCUACACCCCAUACAAAAGCACGUUGGAUUGGUGCUGCCGUCUUAGUUUUAAUCUUCCUGCUACGUAUAUUUUUAAAUCAGGGCUGGUAUAUUGUUUGCUAUGCUCUCGGUAUUUAUCAUUUAAAUUUAUUUAUUGCAUUUUUAACACCUAAAAUCGAUCCUGAAUUUGAUCCAUAUGCCAAUGAAGGUGAGUUUUUUUUUAAAUUAUUGUCAAUGUUACAUAGUUUAGUUUUUCUUCUUUUGCUAAUUUCUUUUUUAUUGAUUUUUUUGUUUUGUUGUGAUUUAAAUAUGCAUAAAAAAGCGCCUUUGAUAAUGGACACGAUUUAA